GGACCGAUUUGAGUGUGACACCCAACUCGGCAGUCGCCGAUGUCAGGGCGUUUUGUGUUCGGGAAUUCAAAUUCUGUUUGAAAUAAAUAAUUCUGUCAUACUUACAGUUACCUAUACGUUAUUUGAGGACUAUGUAUUUAUGAAAGGAGGGUUGUUUCGCUGCUGCGUUGUUUUAAUUUCAGUUUUCUGUGGGUGAUGGCAUCACUGUCAGAGGAGGUACUGCUGGUGGUGAAGAAGGUUCGCCAGAAGAAGCAGGAUGGAACACUUUAUCUAAUGGCUGAACGCAUAGCCUGGGGUCCAGAGGGAAAGGACCGAUUUACAGUCAGCCAUCUCUAUGCAGAUAUUCGCUGUCAGAAGAUCAGCCCAGAUGGUAAAGCCAAAGUUCAGCUCCAGCUGGUCCUACAUACUGGAGAAAAUAUCACAUUCCACUUUGCCAAUGAAAGCACUGCAGUCAAAGACCGAGAUGCUGCCAAAGAGCUGUUGCAGCAGCUACUGCCCAAGUUUAAGAAGAAAGCCAACAAGGAGUUGGAAGAAAAAAACAGGAUGCUUCAAGAGGAUCCAGUGCUGUUCCAGUUAUAUAAAGAUCUUGUAGUCAGCCAGGUGAUCAGUGCUGAGGAAUUCUGGGCCAACAGGUUAGGAGGUGUAAACAACACAGACCAGGCACUAUAUAACAACAACAAGCAAGAAGUUGGUAUCUCUGGAGCUUUCCUGGCAGAUAUUAGACCUCAGACAGAUGGCUGCAAUGGAUUAAGAUAUAAUCUGACAGCGGAUAUUAUUGAAUCCAUCUUCAGGACAUAUCCUGCAGUGAAGCAGAAAUAUUGUGAAAAUGUGCCUCACAACCUGACAGAGAAGGAGUUCUGGACACGUUUUUUCCAGUCCCAUUAUUUUCACAGAGACCGCCUCAACACAGGAACACAGGACAUAUUCUCAGAGUGUGCCAAACAGGAUGAAAAGGGGUUAAAGUCGAUGGUGAUUCAAGGGGUGAAGAAUCCUUUACUUAACCUCCUGGCAUUGGAUGACAACACCUUAGAUGAGGGAUAUGGAGUUUGUUCACCACAACCUUCGACCUCCGUCGCGAACCGGACUGUGAAAGAGAGCAGCAACUCUGCCAUUAUAAAGCGCUUCAAUCAUCACAGUGCUAUGGUGCUGGCAGCAGGCUCACGCAAAGGAGAAACGUUAAAUGAUCAAGGCAGUGAGACGAGCAGCACGGAUGGAAACUCUAGAGAUUCAGACUGUUUUCAUCCUCCUGUAAAAAAGGCUAAAUUACAAGAAGCAACAGAAUAUGAUGAUCUCCAAGGGGAAAACAGACCAAAAACAGUUCCACUUAACCUCAAGAAGUCUGACAGGUAUGCUCAUGGACCUGUGCCACUUCAGUCCCACCAGUACACAACAAGCCAGGACAUCAUCAACUCUGUCAACUACAUCCAUCAUGAGAUGUCCAAUUACAAACCCAACCUAACUCAGGUGAUGUCCAGCACAGCAGCUAGUUCUGCCAUUGCCGCACUGUCUCCUGGUGGCAUCCUCAUGCAGGGAGGUGCACCACAAGCCAUACAUCAGAUGAUCCCGACUGAUAUCCAGGGAGAGUUAAAACAUCUUUAUGUUGCUGCUGGAGAGUUAUUGAGACACUACUGGUCCUGUUUUCCUGUAAACACACCAUUUUUAGAAGAAAAGGUGAUAAAAAUGAAGUCAAAUCUUGAAAGAUUUCAGAUGACCAAGCUUCGUCCAUUUCAGGAGAAGAUUCAACGUCAGUAUUUAAGUACAAAUCUCACAGGGCACUUGGAGGAAAUGCUGCAGGCGGCCUACAACAAGUUCCAUGCCUGGCAGACGCGUCGUAUGAUGAGGAAAACCUGAGGUCUGAUGUCUUGGAAGACGACAAGGAAGACGUCAAAGUAUCUGAACAUGUGUCCUGAGAAGGUUGUCCAGUCAUAGACAUAGUACACAGGGACUUGAUGAUGGGCAUGCAGAUGGACACUGCUAAAUCCUCUAGUAUUCUACAGACUCACUACAUCUCAGUCACAAAUAACAGUUUUCUUUUUUUGUCAUGGAUGAGAGACUGUUGAUGCUAAUGGUUUAGAGGGACUUUUUUUCUUUUUUUUUCAAAAAUGGUAUUGUAUGACCAAAUUUCAGAAGGAAAUGUGUAUUAGACUCAGGAAAACAUGUUGUGCUGUGCUGUGAUGUGACAAGGAUGGUGUUCAUCAGCGAUCAGAGGAAAAGAACUGCUGAGGAAAGAUGCCCGUCUGAGCACUGGCUCCAUUUGUAGAACAGUGUUUUGGAAAAUCUGAAGCUAAAGGUGGAAGUGAAUAGAGCAAUAUUCUAAAGACAUUUAACACUUGAGUGCAUUAAUGUGUGUGCGACUCAAAUCACACUGUCACUGUUUUCUAAUGUCUGCACCUUCUCCCUGCACUGGAGAAAACAUGUAAAUGAAAUAAAGAGAAGGCGUAAA